AUGGGGACCCGCUCCGCCUUGCGCACCGAGGUGGACCAGCGCUUACUCAAUGACCCCAAAUUUGUGGCAGCCCACUUGAUCCCGGACAAUGAUGACCGGGACAACGACAAAGCCUAUUUCUUCUUCACGGAGAAGGUGGUGGAGGCAGACAGCAAGGAGCACGCCAUCGUUAGCCGGGUGGCGCGGAUCUGCAUGAAUGAUGCUGGUGGCCAGAGGGUGCUCGUCAACAAGUGGAGUACCUUCAACAAAGCCCGGCUGGUGUGCUCCGUCCCCGGCCCUGGUGGCAUCGACACGCACUUUGAUGAGCUGGGUAAGGGGUGCAUGGAGAGGAUUUUUAAGGACGGGAAGAGCCCAGAGAUCUACGCCCUCUUCAGCACCAUCAGCCAUGUCUUCAAGGGCUCCGCCGUUUGUGUGUACCGCAUGGCCGACAUCCGGGAGGUCUUCAACGGGCCCUUUGCCCACCGGGAGAGCCCCCACCACCAGUGGGGUGCCUACGAGGGCAGGGUGCCCUACCCGCGGCCGGGCGUGUGUCCCAGCAAGACCACCAACCAGCCCCGGCGGCAGUACAGCACCACCAAGGACUUCCCUGAUGAGGUGCUGCACUUUGCCCGCGCUCACCCACUCAUGUACAAACCCGUGUACCCCUGGCACCACCGGCCCCUCCUGGUCAAGACCGAUCUGCCCCACCGGCUGCGCCAGCUUGUGGUGGACCGGGUGGAGGCUGAGGAUGGGCAGCACGACGUCCUCUUCCUCGGAACGGAUGCUGGCUCGGUGCUGAAGGUGGUGGUCCUGCAGAAGACAAGCUCGGCCACAACUGAGGAAGUCGUCCUGGAGGAGCUGCAGGUUUUUAAGGUGCCUGUGCCCAUCACCCAGAUGGAAGUCUCCGUCAAGCGUCAAACGCUCUACGUGGGCUCCAGCCUGGGAGUGGCCCAGGUACGGCUGCACCGGUGUGAGACCUACGGCACGGCUUGUGCCGAAUGCUGCCUGGCCAGGGAUUUUUGGGACGGUGCCGCCUGCACCCGGUACCAGCCCUCUGGCAAGCGUCGCUAUCGCCGCCAGGACGUCCGCCACGGUAACCCUGUGCACCAGUGUCUGGACCAGAACCUGACCGGUGAGACAUUGGGGGAGAAGGUGCUUUAUGCGGCGGAGGACAACAGCACCUUCCUGGAGUGCGUGCCCCGGUCCCCGCAGGCCAGCGUGCAGUGGUUCGUCCAGAGGCCCCCUGAUGAGCAGCGGGAUGAGGUGAGGCUCCCCCUGCAACUGCUUUGCUCCCUUU